GAGCCGAGUGGCUGGGAGAAGAGGAGGCAGGGACGGAGGAUCUCUGCUUUGUGGAGAGGUACCAUUGCUCCUCACGAACGCUCUGCAGAACAUCUCAGUCCCCUCUGGGAAAACGGCAUCUAGAUUGCACCGGGAUGGGGCAGCGCGAUCGCAAGGGGCCGGACUGAGCCCCCCACAGCCCGGCAGCAUCCGGCCUCCACCGCCGCCCUCAGGACUCAACCACCCACAGAGGGAGACGGAGCCAUGUUCCAGGCCAAGGGACCCGCCAGCACCACCCCCACUCACGAGGCAAUGAGCAAUUCUGGAAGCAGCACGGUGCAACGUUCCAAGUCGUUCAGCCUGAAGGCCCAGGUGAAGGAGAUGUGCGCUGCCUGCCAAAAGCCCGUCUACCCCAUGGAGCGGCUGGUGGCCGAUAAAUUUGUCUUCCACAACGCCUGCUUCUGCUGCAAGCACUGCCAUGCCAAGCUCAGCCUGGGCAGCUACGCCGCGCUGCACGGCGAGUUCUACUGCAAGCCCCACUUCCAGCAGCUCUUCAAGAGCAAAGGCAACUACGAUGAGGGCUUCGGGCGCAAGCAGCACAAGGAGCUCUGGGUGCACAAGGAGGUGGAGAGCGGGACCAAGUCGGCAUGAGGGGGGGGUGGGCCCUUCCCACCUCUCCCUCCUCCCCCCCGCUCCCAACCCAGCAGGAGACAGCGACGAGCUGAACCGAGGGCUGGCUGAGCUGAUGUAGAGCAAAGACGACCUGCCGGCGCUGCGGGGCAGCAAAGCACAGGGCCCAGUGGGGACGGGUGGAGGGGCCUACCUGACCUGGGCAUAAGAUGCUCGGGGGGGACAGAGGGUCAGGACUGGCCCAGGCCUACAUGGGGGGGGUCUGCUAACAUCUAUAGGGGCCCCCUUGCAGAAAUGGGGGCAGAACCACUGGCUCCCAGGGGGCAAAGCGCCCGCCCACCCUUUAACUCCGGACCCCAGUCACGUGUCCCAGGAGGGCCGGCUACCCGAAGUGGGCAGCUGGGGUCCACGGAGCCACGUUGGCAGCUCCUUCUCCUCCCAUCCCGCCAACUGAUGCUGGGGUGGGGAGGGGGACUCGCUCUUUGGUCUGCAGCAGCUCAGGGCAGCUGGGAUGGUUCAGCCUUCCCGCCCUUGCCCCGUGACCGUUUAACGUUGUCUGUCUGGUUUUUCUAUUUGCCUUUUGAUUGGUACGUUCCGCGCCAGAGCCCAAGCGGGCGGCUUUGUGCCCCAGGCUGCGCCCAUGCGCUGUUUUGGAUUAUUUUUGUAAUACAAGGUUUCUGAGCCUG